AUGGGAUCAAAGAGGGAUUCCCCUAUGAAUGUUUUGUCAACAUGGUUGAGGAAGAGAUCAAUGAAAGUGAAGAUCCUUUUGGGGAUAUUGCUUGCUUUUUGUGCUUUGGUUGUUCUAAAGUUUACAAUUAGAGAUCCAGAUAUUUUCUACAUAGCUUCUGAAUCAAUCCAUAUUGUUGGCCUUAUUGCCCUUAUAUACAAGCUCUUUGCUCAUAAGAGUUGCUCUGGUAUAUCCCUUAAGAGCCAAGAGCUCACAGCUUUAUUCACAGCAAUAAGGUUUGGUGGUAGCAUCUAUAUGGAGGCUAACAUCCACACUGUGCUGGAUUUGGCACUUCUCUUGUUAACAUUAUUGGUUAUUUGGUUGAUAAGAUUCAAGCUAAAUUCAACCUAUAUGAAGGAGUUUGACAACAUGUGGUUAUCCUUUUUGGUGGUGCCAUCUACAAUUUUAGCACUAUUUAUACAUCCAUCAUAUGCAUUGCAUAUAUGGAUAGUUCGAUGCAGUUGGGGAUUUGCUAGGUAUUUGGAAACUAUAUCAAUAUUUCCUCAACUUCGUUAUAUGCAGAAGGCAAAGAUGGUUGAAACAUUCACAGGAUAUUAUGUAUUUGCUCUUGGUAUCUCAAGAUUCUUCUCACUAGGUUAUUUGAUUAUUCAUACAUAUGAAACUCGAGGGGAAUAUUUAUUCUUCUUCGGCCAUGGCUAUUUUUGGAUGCUUGCAGUUUUGAUAACAGAGAUAGUUCAAUCUUUCAUUUUGGCUGACUUUUGUUACUAUUACAUAAAGAGCUUCAUGCAAGGACAACUUUUAAGGAAGAUGCCCGUUUAAUGAUAUUGGUUUGGUUUAGAGUGUAUUGAUCAUGAAGAGUUUUCUAGUGUAACUUUUAAUUUGAGGCUUCUUUAAUUUAUAUAAUAUAUAAUACACUAAUUAAAAGGUGAUAUAUAAAUUCUUUUCAUGUAUAAUGUUGUUUAAUCUUGUAGUCCUUGGAUGAUUUGUGAUGGUUUCUCCAUUUCCUUUUGAAAAGAUAAGUGGCUAGAUAUGAUAAAGGAAGGUAUCAUCAUGAUUUUUCAUUGUAGUCUUUGUGGCAUUAGGUUUGAGACUGCCUUUCAUGUGUAUUUGGAAAAUAUUGGUAAGAAUGGUCGAAGUUUUCAAUG